CUGUCUUACCGUACGCUGCUCUAGCGUUGCCGUGGUGACGCUCUGUGGUAAAUCCUCUUAUCCAGCGACGAAGAAAGCGUUUGUUUUUUCCAAAUCACCGUAUUUAUUUUAUGUUAAAUCUCUCAUAAAACAUCUGAGAGUACAGAUUGAUAAUGGCGUCAGUAUUAGAUGCGCUGUGGGAGGACAGAGAUGUUAGAUUUGAUAUCACUGCACAGCAGAUGAAAACCAGACCAGGCGAGGUUCUCAUCGACUGCCUGGAUUCAAUAGAGGACACGAAGGGAAAUAAUGGUGAUAGAGGUAGACUCCUAGUGACCAAUUUAAGGAUAAUCUGGCAUUCACAGGCACUUCCAAGAGUUAACUUGUCAGUGGGAUACAACUGCAUUAUUAAUAUCACCACAAGGACAGCAAAUUCAAAACUAAGAGGUCAGACUGAAGCGCUUUACAUAUUGACCAAAUCUAAUAACACUAGAUUUGAGUUCAUAUUCACCAAUGUGGUUCCAGGAAGUCCAAGACUGUUUACAUCUGUUAUUGCUGUUCACAGGGCGUAUGAGACCUCCAAAAUGUAUCGUGAUCUUAAGCUAAGAGGAGCUCUGAUACAGAAUAAACAGCUGAGACUUCUGCCACAGGAGGAGGUUUAUCAUAAAAUUAAUGGAGUCUGGAAUCUCUCUAGUGAUCAGGGUAAUCUCGGUACGUUUUUUAUCACAAACGUGAGGAUCGUGUGGCAUGCCAACAUGAACGAGAGCUUCAACGUCAGCAUUCCAUAUCUGCAGAUUCGUUCCAUACGGAUUAGAGAUUCUAAAUUUGGACUUGCUCUUGUCAUUGAAAGCUCACAGCAAACAGGAGGAUAUGUGCUGGGAUUCAAGAUCGAUCCGAUGGACAAGUUACAAGAUGCGGUGAAGGAAAUCAACUCGUUACAUAAAGUGUACUCGGCAAACCCCAUCUUUGGUGUGGAAUAUGAGAUGGAGGAAAAGCCUCAGCCGCUGGAGGAAUUGACUGUAGAGCAACUUCCAGACGAUGUGGAGAUUGAACCAGAUGAGCACACAGAUGCAUUUACUGCUUACUUUGCAGAUGGAAAUAAGCAACAUGAUCGUGAAGCAGUUUUCUCUGAAGAGCUGGGUUUGGCUGUAGAGAAACUGAAGGAUGGAUUUACACUACAGGGACUUUGGGAAGUCAUGGGAUAAAACAGGGAAAUGAAAUAAGACUGUGUGACCAUUAGAUGUACAGCUGUACAGUAAAAGAUUUACACUUAGAGAUUGGAAUUAGAUUGUUUCAUAUUGUUUACAUACAUCAUUAAGUGUUUUCUCCAUUAUUUAUAUUAGAAUUCAAACUCUAUAUUACUCUAUAAACUCUAUAUCUGUCAAACGAUUAAUCGUGAUUAAUUGCAUAAAAAAGUAAUACAUAUUAUACUAUAUAUAUAUAUAUAAAUAAAACAAAUUUGUUUAUAACAUUUUUUCUUACAUUUAUGUAUAUAUACAAAUACUAAUUACACACAGUAAACACACAUAUAUUAUGCAAAUACAAACUUUUAUUUUGUAUGCAAUUAAUCACGACAAAAUCGUUUGACAGCCAUACUAACACUGCAAAAAAUUACUUUCUUACUUAUUUCUACUGAAAACAAGACAAAAAUACUAUCUAAAAAUUCUUAAAUCAAGAUGUAUUUUCUUGAUGAGCAAAAUGACCUAAGAAAAUAAUACUAUUUUUUAGACAAAAAAUAUACAAUUUAAGUGAAUCGGUGCUUAAAACAAGCAAAAAUAUAUGCCAAUGGGGUAAGACAUUUUUACUUGAAUUAAGUGUUUAAGAAAAACGAAAUCUUAUUUCACAAUUUUUUUUCUCACCCCAUUGGCAGAUAAUUUUGCUUGUUUUAAGGAAAAUUUCACUUAAAUUGUAUAUUAUUUGCCUUAAAACUAGAAUUAUUUUCUUAGGUCAUUUUGCUCAUCAAGAAAAAGCAUCUUAAUUUAAGAAUUUUUAGAUAUUUCUACUGAAAACAAGACAAAAAUACUAAGUAAGAAAGUCAUUUUUUGCAGUGUAUAUACUGUAUGAUAGUAUUUAUUUGGUAUAUGAUGUCUGAUAAUGAACAUAUGAACAUGUGUUGGACCAAGUUUAGGAAUAUAUUACUUUAUAAUAUGAAUGUAUUUAUAAUGGUAUAAUAUUUAUACUUGUGCAAUAAAUGCAAAAUAUGACUUGUGCAUUAGAACAUAA